CAGUGCACACGUCCGACUCCCAGUGAAGGCUGCUAACUGGUUCACGACCCACUGGUAAACCCCAUGCUGUAGAGUACGAAAAGGUCUGGAGGAGAUAUGAAUCUUUCCAGGAUCCAGAUUCUGCUGUUGGGGAUUCUCACUGCGUUCGCUGGUCCUGUCCUCUGCUCCGAGGACGAGACGACUCUGGUGAAGAACCUGUUCACCGGCUACAACAAGGUGGUUCGACCCGUGAACCACUUCAGUGAAGCUGUGGUGGUCACCGUGGGGCUGCAGCUCAUCCAGCUCAUCAGUGUGGAUGAAGUGAACCAGAUUGUGACCAGUAACGUUCGUCUCAAACAGCGAUGGGUGGACGUGAACCUGAACUGGAACCCAGACGACUACGGAGGCAUCAAAAAGAUCCGAGUUCCUUCCACCGACAUAUGGAAACCGGACCUGGUUCUAUACAACAACGCCGACGGAGACUUCGCCAUCAUCCAUCAAACCAAAGUUCUGCUGGAGCACACGGGGCUGAUCACCUGGAACCCACCGGCCAUCUUCAAGAGCUACUGUGAGAUCAUCGUGCUCCACUUCCCCUUCGACCUGCAGAACUGCAGCAUGAAACUGGGAACCUGGACCUAUGAUGGGCUGCUGGUCGCCAUCAACCCAGACAGCGAUCGGCCGGACCUCAGUAACUUCAUGGAGUCGGGCGAGUGGGUGCUGAAGGAUUACCGGAGCUGGAAGCACUGGGUGUACUACACCUGCUGCCCCGACACCCCCUACCUGGACAUCACCUACCACUUCCUGAUGCUGCGGCUGCCGCUGUACUUCAUCGUCAACGUCAUCAUUCCCUGCAUGUUGUUCUCCUUCCUCACCGGACUGGUCUUCUACCUGCCCACCGACUCCGGGGAGAAGAUGACUCUGUCCAUCUCCGUCCUGCUGUCUCUCACCGUCUUCCUGCUGGUCAUCGUGGAGCUGAUCCCCUCCACCUCCAGCGCCGUUCCUCUCAUCGGGAAAUACAUGCUCUUCACCAUGGUGUUCGUCAUCGCCUCCAUCAUCAUCACCGUCAUCGUCAUCAACACCCACCACCGCUCGCCCAGCACGCACACCAUGCCUCCCUGGAUCCGCAAGGUCUUCAUCGAAACCAUUCCCAACAUGAUGUUCUUCUCGACCAUGAAGCGACCGGGGCUGGAGAUCCGACAGAAGAGGCUGUUCCCCAUCGACAUGGACAUCUCCGACAUCUCAGGUAACCCCACCCCCACCAGUGUGAAUUACCAGUCUCCCAUCAGUAAGAACCCUGACGUGCGCAGCGCCAUCGAGGGAGUGAGGUACAUCGCUGAGACCAUGAAAUCAGACGAGGAAUCGAACAAUGCGGCCGAGGAGUGGAAGUUCGUGGCCAUGGUGCUGGACCACAUCCUGCUCUGUGUGUUCAUGGCCGUGUGCAUCAUCGGGACGCUCGGGGUCUUCGCCGGGCGACUCAUCGAGCUCAACAUGCUGUACGGGGCCUGAUCCCAUCACAGCAGACAUUUGUCACCCGGAGAUACGAGAUAACACAACUCCCUGUGUCUCGCACACGCAGACAGACACACACUUGAGUUGACUGUUGUGUCUCUCGGGUCUGGGGUCACUUUCAAAUGUGUGUAUUUACUGAAAGGCAGGAGAACAUGUGGAUGGGUCAUACUUGAAGCUCGUCUUGUUGUUUUUCUACCUGGUUUUAUUUGCUGCCGAUGAAACGAGUGAAUUCUAAUCAUCUUGGAAACAAACAGUAAACAUGAUUAAUGAACAUCAGUGACAGCGUCCUGGUCUUUGAGUGCAGACGAGAUGAUUUCCUCUCUGAGGGAGUUUUAUUGUUUUGUUUUGCCUGCAGACGCUCAAAUGACUUUUAUAUUUACGGGUUGAGAUCCGAGGCAUAAAACUUCACGUCACACGUUUUGAUUCACAAAUAGAAAAACUACUUUGACUGCUCACGGGUCAGUGACCUGGUUUGAUUUGUCACUGAUGAGUGUGAAUUCCCCUAGACUCUCUUGUCCUCUGUCUUUAAGGCUCAUUUAGUUUUGAAUAUCA